UUUCUUCCUUCCAACUUGUAAAACCUCGGCCACCCAUCAGUAAUCAGCCCACAGCACCACACCAAUUUCUUUCUUCCAUAGCACACAGCACUACAGUAGCUCACAUUAAUUCACCCAACUCAUCUAAGCAUCUAGCCAUUGUUUUGGAUCCUUUUAUAAUUCCAACCAUUUUAGGGAGAAAAAAAGUGUAAAGAACAAAUUUUUAUUUUUUUGAGUUUGCUAUGGCAGGAAAUGGAUUAUUUGCUGAUAUAAUUGAUGGAGAAGUGUUUAAGUAUUAUGCUGAUGGUGAAUGGAAGAUUUCAUCUUCUGGUAAAUCAGUUUCUAUUAUUAACCCUACUACUAGGAAGACCCAAUAUAAAGUUCAAGCAUGCACACAAGAAGAGGUAAAUAAAGUGAUGGAAGCAUCAAAAGUGGCACAGAAGUUAUGGGCAAAGACACCACUUUGGAAGAGAGCAGAGUUACUGCACAAAGCAGCUGCCAUUUUGAAAGAACAUAAACUCCCCAUUGCUGAAUGCUUGGUUAAAGAGAUUGCCAAGCCUGCUAAGGAUGCUGUCACUGAAGUUGUCAGGUCUGGAGAUUUGGUGUCUUAUUGCGCCGAAGAAGGGGUGAGAAUUCUAGGUGAAGGGAAGUUCCUGGUUUCUGACAGUUUCCCCGGAAAUGAGAGGACCAAGUAUUGUUUAACAUCCAAGAUUCCUCUGGGGGUUGUUUUAGCGAUCCCACCCUUUAACUAUCCCGUCAACCUUGCUGUCUCAAAGAUUGCGCCUGCACUUAUUGCUGGAAACUCCCUUGUGCUAAAGCCUCCAACACAGGGUGCUGUGUCUGCACUCCACAUGAUUCAUUGCUUCCAUUUGGCUGGUUUUCCCAAAGGACUUAUUAGCUGUAUCACUGGCAAGGGCUCUGAAAUUGGUGAUUUCCUAACAUUGCACCCAGGGGUAAAUUGCAUAAGCUUCACUGGAGGAGACACUGGAAUUGCGAUCUCAAAGAAGGCUGGAAUGAUCCCUCUUCAGAUGGAACUCGGUGGAAAAGAUGCUUGCAUUGUUCUUGAAGAUGCUGAUUUGGAUCUUGUCGCUGCGAAUAUUGUGAAAGGAGGUUUUUCUUACAGUGGCCAAAGAUGCACAGCUGUUAAAGUCGUGCUAGUAAUGGAAUCAGUAGCUGAUACUCUUGUUGAGAAAGUCAAAACUAAAGUUGCUAAACUCACUGUUGGCCCUCCUGAAGAAGACUGUGAUAUAACUCCAGUCGUCACAGAGUCAUCUGCAAACUUUAUUGAAGGAUUAGUCAAGGAUGCUAAGGAGAAGGGAGCAACUUUUUGCCAAGAGUAUAAAAGGGAAGGCAAUCUCAUUUGGCCGUUGUUGUUGGAUAAUGUUCAACCUGACAUGAGGAUUGCAUGGGAGGAGCCUUUCGGGCCUGUUUUGCCAGUUAUUAGAAUUAAUUCUGUUGAAGAAGGGAUCCACCAUUGUAAUGCUAGCAACUUUGGACUCCAGGGAUGUGUUUUUACAAAAGACAUAAACAAGGCAAUUUUGAUCAGUGAUGCAAUGGAGACAGGAACAGUCCAGAUCAAUUCCGCACCUGCUCGUGGACCAGAUCACUUCCCCUUCCAGGGAAUAAAGGACAGUGGAAUUGGAUCCCAGGGAAUAACCAACAGUAUUAAUAUGAUGACGAAAACUAAAAGUACGGUAAUCAAUUUGCCUACAGCAACCUACACAAUGGGUUGAUGUGCCCAAACUGCGUGAACAUUAUGUAAUGAAUAAAUCAUAUCCCAGUCUCCUAGAUCCUUAAUUCGCAGCUGUGUAUUAGGCUUCUACAACCAUUAGCAGUGAGUUCAGCUUUGGAGUUUGAAUGUCAAAUGGUGUAAUAUGUUACUCCUUGUUCUUUUAGUAGGCCAAUAAAGGUAACAUCCCUAAGAAAUUUAAAUCCAUGUUUCUUUUUGAGCUCAA